CACACGGCACCGAACAGGUGGCUAAACAGGUUGUAUGAGGAGCUCAUUCCAAAUCCUCACUGAUGGCGACUGCUAAGUGGCUCGUCUGCCUGACCACGGCAGUGGUGUUUGCUAUCACACCGUGGUAUGUUAACGGCCAGGGAGAAGUCAUCACCCGAGCGGUUGCAGACCUCAAUGUGGGCACAGCACGAGGGACAGUCACCUUUUGCAAGCCCUCGGACUACGAUCAAGUCCUCGUGUCUGGAAACGUGACAGGACUAAGCCCGGGAAAUCAUGGAUUUCAUAUUCACAUGUAUGGAGACAUCUCUACAGGUUGCAAAGGCGCAGGUCCGCACUUCAACCCCACAGGGCAGAACCAUGGUGGCCCAAAUGACGUUGAACGGCACGUAGGUGACUUGGGCAACAUUGAGGCGGACGCUAGCGGGACAGCUACCUUUGAAUUCUACGACCCCCUUCUGCAGUUCACUGGAAGAAACUGCAUCGUCGGACGAGCUGUUGUGGUACACGAAAACGAAGACGACUUGGGAAAGACAAAUCAUCCUGACAGCCCCAAGACGGGCAACGCUGGAGGCCGAGUGGCGUGCGGAAUCAUUGCUGUCGCCGCGCCUUGAUUCGAGCAGGUCACGCAGAAGAACAGAACCACUCAGAAAAAAUAAAAAAAAUAUAUAUAUAUACUUA